CCUCCGCAGUCACAGCUCCCGAGCCGGCGGCCAGUGCGGGAUCCCGCGAGAUCACCCCGCGCUGCCUCCGACUCCGGCCGCUGCCUGCCGAACGCACCGCCCUCCCCGAGGCUCGCCGGGGCUCUGCGCCCUCGCCGCCGCUCCGCUCCGCUGCGCCGUGUGCACACAGGCUCCCUGCUGGGCACAAACAGCUCCACCAUGGGGCUGGCCUGGGGACUCAGUGUCCUGUUCCUGUUGCAUGUGUGUGUCUCCAAUCGAAUUCCAGAGUCUGGAGGAGACAACAGCGUAUUCGACCUCUUUGAACUCAUGGGGGCUGCACGCAAGGGCUCUGGGCGCCGACUGGUAAAGGGUCCCGACCCUUCCAGCCCAGCUUUCCGCAUUGAGGAUGCCAACCUGAUUCCCCCUGUGCCUGAUGACAAGUUCCAAGACCUGGUGGAUGCUGUGCGAGCAGAGAAAGGUUUCCUCCUCUUGGCCUCCCUGAGGCAGAUGAAGAAGACCCGGGGCACGCUGCUGGCCGUGGAGCGGAAAGACCACUCUGGCCAAGUGUUCAGCGUGGUCUCCAACGGCAAGGCUGGCACCCUGGACCUGAGCCUGACCGUGCAGGGGAAGCAGCAUGUGGUGUCUGUGGAAGAAGCGCUCCUGGCAACCAGCCAGUGGAAGAGCAUCACCCUGUUUGUGCAGGAGGACAGGGCCCAGCUGUACAUUGACUGUGAGAAGAUGGAGAACGCUGAGCUGGACGUCCCCAUCCAGAGCAUCUUCACCAGGGACCUGGCCAACAUUGCCAGACUGCGCAUCGCCAAAGGAGGUGUCAAUGACAACUUCCAGGGGGUGCUGCAGAACGUGAGGUUCGUCUUUGGAACCACACCGGAGGACAUCCUCAGGAACAAAGGCUGUUCCAGCUCAGCUACCAAUGUCCUCCUCACCCUUGACAAUAAUGUGGUGAAUGGUUCCAGCCCUGCCAUCCGCACCAACUAUAUUGGCCACAAGACAAAGGAUCUGCAAGCCAUAUGUGGCCUCUCCUGUGACGAGCUGUCCAGCAUGGUCCUGGAGCUGAGGGGCCUGCGCACCAUCGUGACCACACUUCAGGACAGCAUCCGCAAAGUGACUGAAGAGAACAAAGAGCUGGUCAAUGAGCUGAGGCGGCCCCCCCUCUGCUACCACAAUGGAGUUCAGUACAGGAAUAACGAGGAAUGGACUGUCGAUAGCUGUACUGAGUGCCGCUGUCAGAACUCAGUUACCAUCUGCAAAAAAGUGUCCUGCCCCAUCAUGCCUUGCUCCAAUGCCACAGUUCCCGAUGGAGAAUGCUGCCCACGGUGUUGGCCCAGCGACUCUGCGGACGAUGGCUGGUCCCCAUGGUCUGAAUGGACCUCCUGCUCUGUGACGUGUGGCAAUGGAAUCCAGCAGCGUGGCCGCUCCUGCGAUAGCCUCAACAACCGAUGCGAGGGCUCCUCUGUCCAGACACGGACCUGCCACAUUCAGGAGUGUGAUAAGAGAUUUAAACAGGAUGGAGGCUGGAGCCACUGGUCCCCAUGGUCAUCCUGCUCUGUGACAUGUGGUGAAGGGGCAAUCACAAGGAUCCGGCUCUGCAACUCGCCCAGCCCCCAGAUGAACGGGAAGCCAUGCGAAGGCGAAGCUCGGGAGACCAAAGCCUGCAAGAAGGACGCCUGCCCCAUCAACGGCGGCUGGGGUCCCUGGUCACUGUGGGACAUCUGUUCUGUCACCUGUGGAGGAGGGGUUCAGAAGCGCAGCCGGCUCUGCAACAACCCCCCACCCCAGUUUGGAGGCAAGGACUGCGUGGGAGACAUGACAGAAAACCAGAUGUGCAACGAGCAGGACUGUCCGAUCGACGGAUGCCUGUCCAAUCCUUGCUUCGCCGGUGCCAAGUGUACUAGCUACCCAGAUGGCAGCUGGAAAUGCGGUGCCUGUCCCCCUGGCUACAGCGGAAACGGCGUCCAGUGCAAAGAUGUCGAUGAGUGCAGAGAAGUGCCUGAUGCCUGCUUCAACCACAAUGGCGAGCACAGAUGUGAGAACACAGACCCCGGCUACAACUGCCUGCCAUGCCCACCCCGCUUCACUGGUCCGCAGCCCUUUGGCCAGGGUGCAGAACAUGCCAGAGCCAACAAACAGGUGUGCAAGCCCCGCAACCCCUGCACGGAUGGGACGCAUGACUGCAACAAGAACGCCAAGUGCAACUACCUGGGCCAUUACAGCGACCCCAUGUACCGCUGUGAGUGCCGGCCCGGCUAUGCUGGCAAUGGCAUCAUCUGCGGCGAGGACACAGACCUGGACGGCUGGCCCAACGAGGACCUGGUGUGCGUGGCCAAUGCAACUUACCACUGCAAGAAGGAUAAUUGCCCCAACCUUCCAAACUCAGGACAGGAAGACUAUGACAAGGACGGAAUCGGUGAUGCCUGUGACGACGACGACGACAAUGAUAAAAUCCCAGAUGACCGGGACAACUGUCCCUUCCAUUACAACCCAGCCCAGUAUGACUACGACAGAGAUGAUGUGGGAGACCGCUGUGACAACUGUCCCUACAACCACAACCCAGACCAGGCUGACACAGACAACAAUGGGGAAGGAGACGCCUGUGCCGCAGACAUCGAUGGGGACGGUAUCCUCAAUGAACGAGACAAUUGCCAGUAUGUCUACAACGUGGACCAGAAGGACACUGACAUGGAUGGGGUUGGAGACCAGUGUGACAACUGCCCCCUGGAACACAACCCAGAUCAGCUCGACUCUGACUCCGACCGCAUCGGAGACACCUGUGACAACAAUCAGGAUAUUGAUGAAGAUGGCCACCAGAACAACCUGGACAACUGCCCCUACGUGCCCAACGCCAACCAGGCCGACCAUGACAAGGACGGCAAGGGGGAUGCCUGUGACCACGACGACGACAACGACGGCGUUCCUGAUGACAGGGACAACUGCAGGCUCGUGCCCAAUCCCGACCAGAAGGACUCUGACGGUGACGGUCGAGGUGAUGCUUGCAAAGAUGAUUUUGACCAUGACAACGUGCCAGACAUCGAUGACAUCUGUCCUGAGAACAUUGAUAUCAGCGAGACUGAUUUCCGCCGAUUCCAGAUGAUUCCCCUAGAUCCCAAAGGGACAUCCCAGAAUGAUCCUAACUGGGUUGUACGCCAUCAGGGUAAAGAACUCGUCCAGACUGUCAAUUGUGAUCCUGGACUUGCUAUAGGUUUUGAUGAAUUUAAUGCUGUGGACUUCAGUGGCACCUUCUUCAUCAACACUGAGAGGGAUGAUGACUAUGCCGGAUUUGUGUUUGGCUACCAGUCCAGCAGCCGAUUCUAUGUUGUGAUGUGGAAGCAAGUCACCCAGUCCUACUGGGACACCAACCCCACGAGGGCUCAGGGUUACUCAGGCCUGUCUGUGAAGGUCGUGAACUCCACCACAGGGCCAGGCGAGCACCUGCGCAAUGCCCUGUGGCACACAGGAAACACCCCUGGCCAGGUACGCACUCUGUGGCAUGACCCUCGUUACAUAGGCUGGAAAGAUUUCACUGCCUAUAGAUGGCGUCUCAGCCACAGGCCCAAGACGGGUUUCAUUAGAGUGGUGAUGUAUGAAGGGAAAAAAAUCAUGGCUGACUCAGGACCCAUCUAUGACAAAACCUACGCCGGCGGUAGACUAGGGAUGUUUGUCUUCUCUCAAGAAAUGGUGUUCUUCUCUGACCUGAAAUAUGAAUGCAGAGAUUCCUAAUGAAACUGUUGAUCAAAAGACAGAUCAUAACCAGUGCUGGUAUUGCACCUUCUGGAACCACGGGCUUAAGAAAACCUCCAGGACCACUCCUGCCUGCCUGCCUUUUUUCUCUGCUUGCAUCAGUGUGGACUCCUAGGACAUGUGACUUGCCUCAAGAAAAUGCAAUUUUCCAAACCAGACUCAGCAUUGCAGCCUCUGGAAAGAGAAUCUUCUGCAAAUAUAAACAGUUACAUUGGUUUGCUUUUGGAAAUGCAAAAGCAACCACUUGCUUCAGUUGGAAGGUGCCUGUUCCACUUGGCUUUUGUCAGAGCACGGUGCUACUGUGAGGCCACCUCUGAGCAGUGGACUCAGAAGCAUUUUCAGGCGUGCAAGAGAAGGGAGGACGCACUAGAAUUGGCAAACCAAACCACCCCGACACACUCCCUCGGGAAUAAGGGGAGCAGGGACCAAAGCCCUAAGGGGAGGGUGCAUACCCACGGGAAUAAAGGACUUGUAUGAAGAAAAUGUGGAGGAACUGUUACAUGUUCGGUACUAAAUCAUUUUCAGGGGAUUGAAUGACUUGCUGGAUUUCAUGAUGCUGACAGGUGUUAGCUGAUUUAACCCAUGUAAAUUGGCACUUAAAUAGAAGCAAGGAAGGGAGGGGAAGACUGGCUUCUGGACUUCCUCUGGAUCCCUAGCCCUUAGACAUCACCUGUAGUGACCAGAGUAAGUAGUCAAACUUAAACCAGUGUGAGGCAGUGCUUGCUGCCACUGCCUGAUUACAUGGACACGGUUGGUUUUAUUCCAGGUGUGGCUUGUGCAGAUGUAGCAGAAAAUAAGAAAACCUACCAUCUCAGUGAGCACCAGGCUGCCUCCCAAAGGAGGAGCAGCUGUGCUUGUAUUUUUAUGGUUAGAAAGGCACAAAAUUCUCAACUAAAACAUUCCUUUUCUCUUUUUUUUCUGAAUAUCAUAGAGUAUCCAAAUUCCUUCUUUGUAGCCUUGAUUUUUACACUUUACAAUGUAAAAUAUUUAUUUUUACUUACUUAGAAGAUCUGUCUGAAAGACUAUUCAUGGAACAGGAAGAAGCACAAGGGCUGUCCAUGUCAUCUUUGUUACAAGUCUUCAUGACUGUAAGGUUGUAAAUACAGAUUAUUUAUUAACUCUGUCCUACCUGGAAUCUAGGUUUCAUAUGGAAAAUGUUUGAUAGCAGGUAGUGGGGAUUUCUCAGCAAAUCUCUCACAAGAACAGCACAAGGAAAAUCAGGGCAAGCUGCUCCUCACUUUGUGCUUAGAAUGAAUGAUUUGGGAAUUUUUUUUCUUUGUUUUAGCUUUUCAAGUGGAAUUAGUGGUAUGUCCAUGUACAGGUGUUUUUACAUUGCAGAGAAAUCCAUGAGGCCUUUAAUACUGUUUUACUCUAUUCCUUGUGCCUAAUUCCAGGGAGAAGAAAAACAUCUACACUUUUUUCAUUUUUCCCAAAGAGAAAAAAAUACAAAGGUGAAACUUUUAUAUACAAACAUUACCUCAUUUGUUGUGUGACUGAGUAAAGAAUUUUUGGAUCAAGCAGAAAGAGUUUAAGCAUCUAACAAACUUAAAGCUACUGUAGUACCAAAAAAAAGUCAAUGUUGUACAUAGUAUAAAAAUUCUUUGCAGAAAAGUAUUCCCAAUAAGGAAAUAGCAUUGAAAUGUUAAAUACAUUUUCUGAAAAUUGUUUUUUCUGUCAUCUUGUGAUACCAUUGCUUUAUUUUUAUAAAUUAUUUUCUCAUUGCCAUUGGAAUAGAUAUCUCAGAUUGUGUAGAUAUUCUAUUUAAAUAAUUUAUCAGGAAAUACUGCCUGUAGAGUUAGUAUUUCUAUUUUUAUAAAAUGUUUGCACACUGAAUUGAAGAACUGUUGGGGUUUUGUUUUGUUUUUUUUAUUUGUUUUUUGCUUGUUACCCCCCCCCCAAGUUUUUACUAUUUGCCAAUACCUUUUUUCUAGGAAUGUGCUUUUUUUGUACACAUUUUUAUCCAUUUUACAUUCUAAAGCAGUGUAAGUUGUAUAUUACUGUUUCUUAUGUACAAGGAACAACAAUAAAUAAUACAGAAAUUUAUUUAUA